AUGACGCGGCGCCUUCUCAAAGAUCUGCACUGGGGCGGCGGCCGCCGUCGUCCCCGGCGGCCUCACUCAUCGCCACCUUCGCCUCGUCCUGCCAGCAGCCCCAGCAGCCCCAGCAGCCCCGAGCAGACGACGUCGCUAGCCACCGUCGCCAUGGCAAACGCUGCGUGUCCAAGCACGGCCAGCAUCUCCGAUGGCCAUCGCGCCAGGGUCAACGGCCAUCGCGCAUACUCGCAGGCCCUCGACGUCUGGAAGCGCGCCCCCGUCCUCAAGGGCACCUCCCGGUUCGAGCCCCGGCCCGAUGUCCGCAACAUCAUGGUCACGGGCGGCGCCGGCUUCAUAGCGUCGUGGGUCGUGCGCCACCUCGCCCUCACGUAUCCCCUUGCCUACAACGUCGUCUCCUUCGACAAGCUCGACUACUGCUCCACGCUCAACAACACCAGAGUCCUCAACGACAAGCGCAGCUUUACCUUUUACCACGGCGAUCUCACCAACCCCUCCGAGGUGCUCGACUGCAUGGAACGCUACCACGUCGACACCGUCCUGCACUUUGCCGCCCAGUCGCACGUCGACCUCAGCUUCGGCAACUCGUAUGGCUUCACCCACGCAAACGUCUAUGGCACCCAUGUCCUCCUCGAGAGCGCCAAAAAGGUCCGCGUCAAGCGCUUUGUCCACGUCUCAACCGACGAGGUCUAUGGCGAGGUCAAGGAGGACGACGGCGAGCUGCUCGAGUCGAGCAUUCUCGCCCCGACAAACCCCUACGCCGCCAGCAAGGCAGCCGCCGAGAUGCUAGUGCAGUCGUACCAGAAGAGCUUCAAGCUCCCCACCAUCAUUGUCCGGAGCAACAACGUCUACGGGCCGCACCAGUAUCCCGAAAAAAUCAUACCCAAGUUCGCCUGCCUCAUCAACCGCAAGAGACCGGUGGUGUUGCACGGCGAUGGCAGUCCCACGCGCCGCUAUCUCUACGCCGGCGAUGCGGCCGAUGCCUUUGACACCAUCCUCCACAAAGGCCAGGUGGGGCAGAUCUACAACGUCAGCUCCUCGGACGAGAUUUCCAACCUGGAGCUCAGCGGCAAGAUUCUCGACGCCUCGGGCAUUGGGGUUGACAAUGCGGAGCGCUCCCGCAACUGGGUCAAGUGGACCAAGGACCGGCCCUUUAACGAUCGCCGCUAUGCGGUGGAUGGCACCAAGCUGCGGAAGCUAGGCUGGCAACAGAGAACAGGGCUCGAGGAUGGCCUGCGAAUCACCGUUGACUGGUAUCGGCGGUUUGGAGAGCUGUGGUGGGGAGACAUCAGCCACGUCCUGACGCCCUUUCCCGUCGUCAGCGAGGAGGGCGAGGUGAUGCCUGAUGACGACAAUUUCAUGAAGGAUGAGCCGCCAGUGCCCGGUGAGGAAGGCGAAACGACAGCGACGAAGAGCGACAAAUGUUGA